GUUCUAGCCUAGAGAUUAUAGGUGUUGUUCGGAGCGGUGGCUGUUACAUGGGGUUUUCGACGUUGGAGUGUAAAGGUCUUUAAGGAAAUUAUCACAUGCCGUUACUGUACUCCCGUCUGUAAGCAAAGCGUGUUAUUUGUGAAUGUUAGUAUGAAUGGUAAGGUUGGGAAUGGAGCAGCGGGCGGCAUGCUGGCCUGUAUUGAGGGUCUACCGCCGCUGCCCAAGAGCCUGAGCGGACUGCUCAACUCCAGCGGCGGGUCGUGGAGAGAGAUGGAGAGGAUGUAUGUGAAGAAGACCAUGAUUCAGGAUGACUUGAGCCGAGGACGGAAUAACACGGACAGUCUGCUGGCGAAUAAACCAGCAAACCUGGAUGCCGCCCUGGCUUUGCUUAGAAAAGAGAUGGUGGGUUUGCGGCAGCAGGACAUGUCCCUGCUCUGUCAGCUCUGGUCCCUUCACGAGUCCAUCCAGGAGUACAAAGGCAGCUGCCAGGACCUCUCCGCUGUGUCCAGUGCAGAUGGACCGUAUGGAAUGGAGAACAGCUAUUUCGAUGAAGAUGAGGAAUAUUAUACUGAAUCCGGUAUGACGCCAACCGAAACGCCAGAUGGAAAUGAUACAUCUCCUAAAAACGGGACAUCCAAGGACAGCUGGAUACAUGACUCGUUCCAUAUCACAAUAUAAAAUGCUUGACUUUUUUUUUUUUUUUUUUUUUUUCGUUAAUAAAAACAAGCUGUGCCAUAAUUUAGUUUGCUGGCAUUGUUUAGUUUUACAGCAGACUCUUUCUAUAGGAAAUAUAAAUGAUUAUUAUUUAUUGUAUAAUAUACUACAUAGUAUUUUUUUUUUUUUCUCCUGAUUUAAUCAACAUCGGAAAUUUUUAUAAGAUCAUUUUUAUAAGGGCAGAAGCAUAUCAUUUCAUAAUGAUGUUUACAGUAAAUAAUGCUUAAAAUUAUGUUGGUGAAUUUCAAGACGUUGGUUUGACUUUUCACCCCUCUGGAUUUCUAAAAGUCUUAUUUCUCGCUGAGCAGUCGCUCGCUGGGUGCUUACAGGAAACAGGGGUUUGUUUUUAUUGAAAAUAUCAAUUCUGAAUAUGCUGGAAAUGCUACCUAUUCUUCGCUGACAUGUAAUCCAGGGUAUAACCAGCACAAAGAGCUUGUGACAGCAUCACCAAAACAAAACUCAAUGUUCCAGUUUUCUUAUUGUAUUAUGUAACUCAUUAUGAACAUAUCUAUAUACUGUGUAAGUAAAUCGAUAACCAGCUCCAUAACAUUUCCUUCCCACCUUAUGUAAACCUAUGCUAGAUCAUGUAUUGUAGAUGUUUUAUUUAUUUCCUUAUAAUUGCUGCUUGGAUUCAGUCUUCCAUUGCACUUGAAAUUCCUCUCAGUGCAUAUCACGGGAGAAUCAUCAUGUGUCUUUUUGCUCAAAUGUCAAGUGACCAUGAGGUCACCUGUAUUCAAAAUGUGAGAUAAUAAACUUUGUUUUAGCAAGUA